AUGAGUGCCUCCCAAAGACCAGCCCGUUUGCCUCUUGAUAAGUUGACUUCUAUACGUUCUAGUCCUUUUUUUAGAAGGUUAGAUCUGACUUCAUCCAGCAGGACUGACCGUAUCAAGGAUGUUGACCCGCAGGAUGAGGAGUACAAGUUGGGGAAUGAACUGGAGAAAAAGAGAAAGCUCGAUUUUUCCAGCGAGGACGUUGAUCAGACGGCGCAAGAACUUCUUGCCUUACGCACUGACCGAGAUGAAAAGGCUAACGAAAAUGCCAUGCUUCGUGCUCGCAUUAUGGAGCUCGAAAAUUCCUUGGGUACCUCGGAGGCUUCUCUGCAGGAUUCCGAAGAGGUUAAGUCAAAGCUUGUGGAAACUGAGAGGCUUCUCCAGGUCAGAACUGAGGAGGUGGCCGAAACGUCGGCAGCCAACGCGCAGAUGGAGGAUCAGAUUGACAAGCUCCAGAAGUCUCUUGAGGAACGCGGAAAGGCUGUCGACACUCAACUUAUUGUGAUCGCUCAACUGUCGAGUAGACUCAAACUCGAUCAGAAGGCAUCCGAGCUAACGAAUCUGAAGGUUCUAUCGCAAACUGAGUGCGAUCUUAAGGCAGAAAAUACACGGUUGAAGCUCCAGCUGCAGAAGAUGGAAAAGAGCAUGAAGGAUAUCCGCGACCGGCUCAUGUUAUCGCAAGGGAACAUUAGGGUGUUUUGCCGUGUUCGCCCCCUCAGUGCGAAGGAAGGAAAAAUGAAUCUUGAUGCCAUGGCUGUACUGAUUCCUAAGAACAACAUUGACAACAAGAUCGCUGUUAAAGGGCAUGAAGGAGAUUUUAAGUUCGACAAGGUUUUUUCGCCUGAUACGACUCAGACACUUAUCUUUAAAGAGAUUGCAGACCUCGUUAUUAGCGCAUUGGAUGGCUAUAAGACCGGGUCUGGAAAGACUUUUACCAUGUUCGGGGACAGCACCGACGAGACUCUCCGUGGAGUGAUUCCACGUUCCAUGCAGCAGAUUUUUCAAGCCAUCCGUGAAAAGGCCAGCACGGGAUGGAAUUACACCGUUCAGGCUUCCCUUCUCGAGAUCCACAACGAGGCCAUCCGCGACCUGCUGAAGGGAUACAACGACGAUGACGAGGCUACAAGCUCGAAGCCUGAGAAGGGAAGUGCGGCAGCAAAGAAGGCGGAGCUUUCUCUGUACAACAUCAUUCACGAAAAGGAUGGCAGCACUACAGUGCUUGGCCUCAGAGUUGUCACUGUGCAGUCUGUAGAGGAUGCAGCUGCGGUUUUCGCUUAUGCACACAAAAAGAGGGCUGUUGGAAGGACAGACAUGAACGAGGAGUCGUCACGAAGUCAUGCCGUUUUCACCCUCAGGCUGAACGGCAGGAAUAAGGACACUGGCGAAACAACACACGGCAUCCUCAACUUGAUUGAUCUGGCAGGAAGCGAAAGACUCAAGAGGUCGAACGCAACAGGAGCGACAAGGACGGAGUCCAUUAACAUCAACAAGAGUUUAAGCUGCUUGUCCCACGUUCUAGAGGCAAGAGCUAAGGGGGAACUACCACGGUACCGUGACGGGAAAUUGACCUACCUACUCCAGAAAUCAAUUGAGAAGCAGUCAAGGACCGUCAUGUUCCUCAACAUAUCACCAGACAGCUCUUCAACUGAUGAGACCUUGGGGUCACUCAAGUUUGGUACAAUGGUGAACGGCUGUGAUAUUGGAGUUGCUAGCAGAGACAUCCGAAGUGGGGAUUCUGGACCUGAGGAUCUACCAACGCGCACCGGCAGCAGCAGCAUCCACCAUGGUUCUAAGAUGAAGGGCAAGAUUUAG